GGGGUCACGUGACGGGGCCAGUAUGGCGGCGCCGUGGCAGCGGCUUGGUGGCGGCCGCUGAGGGAGCUGCGUCUCUUCCGGGUGAUGGGGCCGUGGCGCGGCCGCACGAUCUGAGCGCCGGCCCCUGCCAACCUCCCCCUUCCCUGCCCCGCGGCGGGGCCUUCCCCUUCCCCAUCUCCCCCGCCAUGCAGCCCCCGGCCCGCGAGCAGGACGCCCGCACCAAGAGCAUGUUUGUGUCGCGGGCCCUUGAGAAGAUCCUGGCGGAGAAGGAGGCGAAGCGGCCCCCGCACGGACAGCUGCGGAGAGCCUGCCAGGUGGCGCUGGAUGAAAUAAAAGCUGAGCUGGAAAAGCAAAGAGAAGGCACUGCUGCUCCACCAAAAGCAAACUUCAUUGAAGCAGAUAAAUAUUUCCUUCCGUUUGAACUGGCGUGCCAGUCCAAGUCUCCACGCAUUGUCAGUACUUCACUGGACUGUUUACAGAAACUCAUUGCAUAUGGACAUAUCACUGGCAAUGCUCCAGACAGUGGAGCUCCUGGAAAGCGACUGAUUGACCGAAUAGUUGAAACAAUUUGCAAUUGCUUUCAGGGUCCUCAAACAGAUGAGGGAGUACAACUGCAGAUAAUUAAGGCUCUCCUCACUGCAGUAACUUCUCCAUAUAUAGAAAUUCAUGAAGGAACAAUUCUUCAGACUGUUAGAACCUGUUACAACAUCUAUCUGGCCAGUAAAAAUCUUAUUAAUCAGACAACUGCCAAAGCUACCCUUACGCAGAUGUUAAAUGUAAUUUUCACACGGAUGGAAAAUCAAGCUAUACAAGAAUCAAGAGAAAUAGAAAAAAUGAAUCAGCAAAAAUCCCAGUCUCCUGCAAUUCAAGUGGUGACCAGAUCUCCAAAGAUUGGUCCAUUAAAGCACAGCUAUCAGGAAGGCAAACCCCCAGCUCCUGUGAGUGUGGAAUUAACUAAUGGUGAGCCUGAGAAAGCAGAAAUUGAAGAUGUGAAGUUGGAGCAGGAUCUGACCAUUUCAUCAUCAGAAGAAACAACAGAUGGAAGAAAGGAAAUGGUUCAAGACAUCUUGGAAGAUGUGGUUGAGUCAGCUGUAAAAGUGGCUGAAGAAAAGCAGGUAACAGAAACAGAUAAGGCUCUACCUGCACUAGAGACUGCAGAUACUGUUCUUUCUGGGUCUAGUAAUGAAAAUGUACAAACAAACGGGAUUCCAGAUGAUGGGCAAUCUGUUUCCUCCACUGAUAAUUUGGAAACAGAUGUAUCUGGACAUCAAGCAGCUUCCAAAUUUUCCCAUGUUCUACAAAAGGAUGCCUUCCUUGUCUUCAGGUCGUUGUGCAAGCUGUCCAUGAAACCACUUGGUGAUGGACCACCAGAUCCCAAGUCCCAUGAAUUGCGUUCGAAGGUAGUGUCUCUCCAGCUGCUUCUCUCAGUACUGCAGAACGCUGGUCCAGUUUUCAGGACACAUGAAAUGUUCAUCAAUGCAAUCAAGCAAUAUCUUUGUGUUGCAUUAUCCAAAAAUGGAGUCUCUUCUGUUCCUGAUGUAUUUGAGCUCUCUCUUGCCAUCUUUCUGACGCUUCUUUCAAACUUUAAGACACAUUUAAAAAUGCAGAUUGAGGUCUUCUUCAAAGAGAUCUUCCUGAAUAUUCUAGAGACUUCUUCAAGCUCCUUUGAACACAAAUGGAUGGUGAUUCAGACUUUAACUAGAAUUUGUGCAGAUGCCCAGUGUGUAGUGGAUAUUUAUGUUAACUAUGACUGUGAUUUAAAUGCUGCUAAUAUAUUCGAACGCCUUGUAAAUGAUUUGUCAAAAAUCGCCCAGGGACGAAGUGGGCAUGAGUUGGGAAUGACACCUUUACAGGAGCUAAGCCUGAGGAAAAAAGGACUUGAAUGUUUGGUUUCUAUUCUAAAAUGUAUGGUAGAAUGGAGCAAAGACCUUUAUGUGAACCCUAAUCAUCAGGCUAGCUUAGGUUCAUAUAAACCAUCUGAACAGGAAAUGGCUGAAGGUAAGUGCCUUGAGAGUGGAGGGAGACGGAGUAGUGUCAGUUCCUUGGACUCCACCGUGUCAUCAGGAGUUGGAAGUGUUGGUACCCAGACUGCUAUCCCAGAUGAUCCUGAGCAAUUUGAAGUCAUCAAGCAACAAAAGGAAAUAAUUGAACAUGGGAUAGAACUGUUUAAUAAAAAACCAAAGAGAGGAAUACAGUAUCUACAGGAGCAGGGAAUGCUUGGCACUACUGCAGAGGACAUUGCACAAUUUUUGCAACAGGAAGAACGCCUCUGUUCUACUCAGGUAGGGGAGUUUCUUGGGGAAAGCAACAAGUUCAACAAGGAAGUGAUGUAUGCCUAUGUAGACCAGCUUGAUUUCUGUGGAAAGGACUUUGUCUCUGCUCUACGUAUAUUUCUGGAAGGUUUUCGUCUGCCAGGUGAAGCCCAGAAGAUUGACAGAUUAAUGGAAAAAUUUGCUGCUAGAUAUAUUGAGUGCAACCAACGGCAAACUCUGUUUGCUAGUGCUGACACUGCCUAUGUUUUGGCAUACUCUAUCAUAAUGCUGACUACAGACUUGCACAGUCCACAGGUAAAAAAUAAAAUGACAAAGGAGCAAUACAUUAAAAUGAAUCGAGGAAUCAAUGACAGUAAAGACCUGCCAGUAGAGUAUUUAUCUACAAUCUAUGAAGAAAUAGAAGGAAAGAAAAUUGCAAUGAAAGAGACAAAAGAAUAUGCAAUUACAACCAAGUGUAGUAAACCAAAUGUAGCUAGUGAGAAGCAGAGGAGGUUGUUGUACAACUUGGAGAUGGAACAAAUGGCUAAAACAGCUAAAGCCCUCAUGGAGGCAGUAAGCCAUGCAAAGGCUCCUUUUACCAGUGCCACUCAUCUGGAUCAUGUCAGGCCCAUGUUCAAACUUGUGUGGACUCCAUUGCUGGCAGCUUACAGUGUUGGCUUACAGAACUGUGAUGACACAGAGGUUGCAUCCCUUUGUUUGGAAGGAAUACGCUGUGCAAUUAGAAUAGCCUGCAUCUUUGGAAUGCAGCUCGAACGAGAUGCUUAUGUACAGGCUCUUGCUCGUUUUUCCUUGUUGACUGCUAGUUCCAGUAUUACAGAAAUGAAACAGAAGAACAUAGAUACCAUUAAGACACUCAUUACAGUUGCUCACACAGAUGGCAACUACCUUGGGAACUCUUGGCAUGAGAUCUUGAAAUGUAUUAGCCAGCUGGAACUAGCACAGCUUAUAGGAACUGGAGUGAAAACUCGGUAUUUAUCUGGCUCUGGACGUGAAAGGGAAGGAAGCAUUAAGGGCUACAGCUCUGGAGGGGAAGAGUUUAUGGGCCUGGGAUUAGGUAACCUUGUUGGCAGUGCAGCUGAUAAACGACAUAUGGCAAGCAUUCAAGAGUCUGUGGGAGAGACCAGCUCACAGAGUGUAGUGGUGGCAGUAGACAGGAUAUUUACAGGAUCAACUAGGCUGGAUGGAAAUGCAAUAGUUGACUUUGUCCGAUGGCUGUGUGCGGUGUCCAUGGACGAGCUGGCAGCCCCGCACCACCCGCGCAUGUUCAGCCUCCAGAAGAUCGUGGAGAUAUCCUACUACAACAUGAAUCGGAUCAGGCUGCAGUGGUCAAGGAUUUGGCAUGUGAUUGGAGAUCACUUCAAUAAGGUUGGAUGUAACCCUAAUGAAGAUGUUGCCAUCUUUGCAGUGGACUCACUAAGGCAGCUGUCAAUGAAAUUUCUUGAGAAGGGAGAGUUAGCCAACUUCCGCUUCCAGAAAGAUUUCCUGAGGCCUUUUGAGCAUAUUAUGAAGAAAAACAGGUCUCCAACUAUUCGGGACAUGGUAAUACGCUGUAUUGCUCAGAUGGUGAACUCUCAAGCUGCUAAUAUUCGUUCAGGCUGGAAGAAUAUCUUUGCAGUCUUUCAUCAGGCAGCAUCAGACCAUGAUGGGAAUAUUGUAGAGCUGGCCUUUCAAACUACAGCACACAUAGUUACAAACAUUUUUCAACAACACUUUCCAGCAGCAAUUGAUUCAUUUCAGGAUGCAGUAAAAUGUCUUUCUGAAUUUGCCUGUAAUGUGGCAUUUCCAGACACCAGCAUGGAAGCGAUCAGACUUAUUCGGUAUUGUGCAAAAUAUGUUUCAGAAAGACCACAGGUGUUAAGAGAAUACACAAGUGAUGACAUGAAUGUUGCUCCUGGGGACAGAGUGUGGGUCAGAGGAUGGUUUCCCAUUUUAUUUGAACUUUCUUGUAUCAUCAACCGUUGCAAACUGGAUGUUCGAACAAGAGGCCUAACAGUGAUGUUUGAAAUAAUGAAGAGUUAUGGCCAUACCUUUGAAAAGCACUGGUGGCAAGAUCUGUUCAGAAUUGUGUUUCGGAUUUUUGAUAAUAUGAAACUCCCUGAACAGCAAACAGAGAAAUCUGAAUGGAUGACCACUACAUGCAACCAUGCACUUUAUGCAAUCUGUGACGUAUUUACACAGUUUUAUGAAGCUUUAAAUGAGAUCCUUCUUCCUGACAUACUUGCACAGUUACACUGGUGUGUAAAACAAGAUAAUGAGCAGUUGGCUCGAUCAGGUACAAACUGCCUAGAAAACCUGGUAAUACUAAAUGGACAGAAAUUCAGCCCUGAAGUCUGGGGCCAGACAUGCAAUUGUAUGCUAGAAAUCUUCAAAACUACUAUUCCUCAUGUCUUGCUGACAUGGAGGCCUGCAGGGAUGGAUGAAGAUUCAGCUGAAAAACACUUGGAUAUAGACCUAGAUCACCAGUCUUUAAGCAGCAUGGAUAAAAAUGCUUCAGAAAGAGGACUAAGUCAAUUUUCUAAUCCAACAGAUGAAAGCUGGAAAGGUGGUCCAUACACAAACCAGAAGCUAUUUGCUGGCCUCCUUAUUAAGUGUGUGGUACAGCUGGAAUUGAUACAGACCAUUGAUAACAUAGUGUUCUAUCCAGCAACAAGCAAGAAGGAGGAUGCUGAACACAUGGCUGCAGCUCAGAGAGAUGCAUUGGAUGCAGAUAUCCACAUUGACACAGAAGAUCAAGGAAUGUAUAAAUACAUGUCUUCACAUCACCUCUUUAAGUUACUAGAUUGUCUACAAGAAUCUCAUUCAUUUUCAAAAGCCUUUAAUUCAAAUUAUGAACAGCGAACUGUGUUAUGGAGAGCAGGGUUCAAGGGUAAAUCAAAACCCAAUCUCUUAAAACAAGAGACCAGCAGCCUGGCUUGUUGCUUGAGAAUACUCUUCCGAAUGUAUGUGGAUGAAAGCCGCCGGGACUCCUGGGAUGCCAUACAACAGCGACUGCUGAGUGUAUGCAGUGAGGCCCUGGCAUAUUUUAUUACUGUGAACUCAGAAAGCCACAGAGAAGCUUGGACCAAUCUCCUGCUGUUGCUUUUAACAAAAACACUAAAAAUCAGUGAUGAGAAGUUCAGGGCACAUGCUUCAACAUAUUAUCCAUACUUGUGUGAAAUCAUGCAGUUUGACCUGAUUCCUGAGCUUCGAGCUGUGCUACGGAAGUUCUUCCUGCGCAUAGGUGUUGUGUUCAAAAUCUGCGUAACAGAGGAGCAGAUAAGGACAACUGGGAUGAACUUACCCUCGUGAUAUCCCUGGGCAGGGUUGGAAACUGCUAUUUGUACAUACAGCAAUGUUCCAGAGAUGGAUUAAAGGGGAUGGUGAUAAAAUGGGACCCUGGUGUAUCAAGAGAGUGGCACGGUUACUCUUACCACACUGGCAUUUGUGGAAGAGGGGAAAAAAAUCCUGUUCUGUCCAUCUAACAAAACUAUCAGCAGUUUUGUUUAAAUUAAAUUAUUGCUUACAGAGUUAAUACAGUAGAUGUAAAGUCUUUGUUUCAAUGCUAGUCAUCCUUAUGAUCAGGUUUGUCUCUUCUAGUCUUUUAUCAGUUGUUCAGUCUUGCAUCCCAGCUAAAUCUGAUAAAUCCGCUGGGUUCUUCAAUAGAAAUUAUGCCCCUUGGAAACACUGAAUAUAGUUGUGUAGCCUUGUGAUGUUAGCACAUGUGUUCAUAAUAAAAUAUACUGCAGUGGCUAAUGAUGGCCUAAGAUCAUUCUGGGUUUUUCUUCUGUGUACAUGACCAGAUCAGGCAGCGUGUUAGGGUUUUUGAAGUGAACAGCACAGAGGGUAUCUGGGGAAAGGGUUUUCUCUUGUUCAGCAAAUUCAUUUUUAAAGCCUUUUUUUAAUAUCAGUGCUUCCUCUUCUGAAACUUAUUUUUGGUUUUAUGGAAGAUUUUGCAUCAGGAGCACACUAUAGCAUUUACUCUAUUUAGCUUGGUAGUCUUGAGUUAAAGGCAUUUAAAAAAAAAAUCUACAACUUUUACACUUUUCCAUUUAUUUUCAUACAUUGACAGAUCAUGGACAGAGCAUAUACAGUAAUAUUAAAAACAAGGUUCAGAACAAAUAAAACCACCUUUUUUUUACCCUAUUCAGUAAAAAUUGUGUCUGUUUAGCAAAGUCUUGUCCUUAAUACAUAGCAGGUUCUGUCUCUUUUUUACUGCAGACCUGCAACUUGAAUUGUCUUUUUGUGCAGAUUGCUUGUUCCUGUUGUGAUCUAAAAGAACACUGAAUUCUCAUGGAACUGCUCUAGUAAAAUUAAAUUAAUUCAUGUACUGUAAGAGUUAGCAAUACAUUUCUAAGCUUUGGAAAGUAUUUGUGAGUCGAGUGUGACUUAACACUGCAGCUUUGCUUGCCCUAGAGAUUUUCUUUCUUUGAAAUACAUCAGUUUUCUGAGAACUGUUUCCAUGAUAGAGUACCAGGUGACCAUUGUAGUAUUGCAGGACUGAGGUCUGUCCUUUGAACUAAUUGUAAUUUCAAGUUUUAAGCCUUCAUUAAACUGGAAGAGAGUGGCAGGGCAGAGAGGUUCCACUUCCUAAAAUAACGUCAACAAGUGUUGUAUUAACUAACAUGUUACCCAUAUUACCCAAAUGGAAAAUAUAACAGUAUUUUAAAAAACCAAAAACAACCAAACAGAAAAAUGUACACAAUAUACUUGAAUUAGUAUUAAGUGUUUAACCUGUUUUGAGUUUCCUAGUACGGUGGCUAGGUUGUAUUGGGAUAUUCCACCCUCAGAUGUUUGGAUUUGGAUUUGUAAGGUUUUCUUCUUGUUUGUUGUUUUAUUAUUUUUAUUUUGUGAGCUAUUUCCAAAGGGUUCAUAGGGUGCUCUGCAGUUAACAGUCUUGCUCUAAUAAGCAUUGUUUGGGAAUGGUUUUGCAGUCAAUAGUUGUGGUAAGGCUUUCACAUUUUUAUCUUUAAUUUUUACCAAAGAAAAAUAAAUGGUGGUUGUGGCAGUAACUUUUAAAUACCCAUUAGAUUAAACCUUUACACUAAAAUUUAGUAGGAGGGUCUAUUUUACAAUAAGAACAGACUGAAAAAUAAACAAUGCUGAUGUUUAACUUGCUGCAUUUGAAAUACCCUUUUGUGUUGCAUUUAGUAUAGAUGCUUAUUCCCUGGUAAUGUCACUUCAUAAAUUCCAGUAAAAAUUAUUUAUUUUAGUUCUGCUUAUAUCUGUAAGAACAGGUUAUCCCUUUUCUUCUGUCUCUAGAUAAUUCUAAAAAAAAAAAUAUUUGACACUUUAUUGUUCAGAUUUUUGAAUGUCACUGCCUCAUACUGAAUGUAUUACCCUCAUCUCCUAUCAAAAACUUGUUCCAGUAGCAUGCUUUUUCUGUGGUUUUGUUUCAAAAGCCUUACAGCUCCUGUCUUGAAAUAAGUCUCUUUAGUUUUUAGACCCUGAAUUGAUUUACAGUUGCAUUGUGGGCUUUCUUUACACUUAUCCUAUCACAGCAUAUAGAAUAAGGGCCUUUAAUCAAUCCUUCCCUUCAGCCUUAGUUCUGAGACUGUUCCUUUACUUCAGUAAAACUUUUAUUGUAUUUAAACCAUUUAUAAACUGCUGAAAUUAGGUAUACUACUCUGUAUACACUACUCUGUAGUGUAUGAAGGAGAAGGGGGACUGGAAUGCAGUUGGAUUAUAAUAGCCUUAAUCCUGUCAAUCAUUGGGAAUUGAUUGUUAAAGCAAUAAGAAUGGUUUGCUAAGCAGGAUCCAGGACUCGGGUGUAUUCACAUCACCUGUUUGGUUUCCUUUGUACAGUCAGAAAGAUGAUAACCCACAGACAUCUUAAUGAAGUUAAAAGCACUGAGCCAAAACUCCUGCAGUAGUCACUGCUGGUUCUGAUCCUGUCCUGACCUUGCUGACAGAGGCUUCAUCUGCCUGUUUUGGUUUAUUGGUUUUAAUGGAACUGUGAGUGAGACAAGGUCUGUGUCAGCACAUCCUGGUAGGGAUCAAGACAUCUGUGCAAUACAUGGAGUAAUAAAAAAUAACCUCUUAGACUUUUAAAGUAGUGUUAUGCAACAAAUUAACCUGAUUUACCCAUAAUGGUAUAAAUAUGGAGACUGCAUGGUAUUUGCUAUUCUUAUUUUGGAAUCCUCUAAGAAAUCAGUUGGCAGGGGUGGAUGCUAAUGAAGAAAACCUUAAAGUCCCUUUCAUCUUGAUUCUGUUGUGUCUUACAGUACAAUAAAAUAGUAUUUUUACAGAGGUUUUUCAUGUCUGGGCUCUUGCUUUCCAAAUUGUAAACAGAACAAUCUAAAUGCACGUCCACUUAUACAAGCAAACAGCUCCUGGACUUUAGCUCAGUCUUAUUGUUAAGAAUGAGAAAGAUUAAAAAUAGUAACUUUAAGUCUGAAGUAGAACUAAGCUUUUCCUGUCAGAAGUACAGUUCCCUUUAGUAUGUAAAUCAUUUGUUGAGCACCUUUAAUGUUAUUUCUGUGUAAAAAUGUAUGUUUUCACAUAUUUAAAAUGCCUAAGUUUUUUUAAGAUCUCCAUAUUAAGUGCAUUUAAUAUCAGUAAUUUAAAGAGCAUUCCUUGCCCAAUGGAUGUAUACAUUUUUAAGAAUACCAAAAUUAUAUGAAAACCUAUGUAAAGUUUUCUACAUGAAAAUACUAUGUACAAUACUGUUAUAAUAGUUAAUCAAGUGGUAUAUCAAUAAAGUUUUAAGAAGU